GAGCAUUGGAACAAGCUGCCCAGGUAAGUUUGGCAAAGUGUUCCUGGUCAGACUUGCAUCUAACCUCAGCAUAUAAAAAAAAUACCAUACACCAUCCCUGGAGAUGUUCAACAAGCAUGUAGAUGAGGCACUUGGGGACAUGGUUUAGUUGGCACGGCGGUGUUGGGCUGACAUCUGGACAGGAUGAUCCUAGAGGUCUUUUCCAGUCUUAAUGAUUGGAAUAAUAUGAUCAGUUGCCAGGUUGGAGGGGCUCUCUGGUUUCCUGCAGCCCCUUGGAGAACACUGCCCUGGGCUGGGGCUGAGGAGAGCCCUCCACCCUGCAGAAGAGGGUGCCUCCUGCCUCCCUGCAGCGGAGGGCCCUGGGGAUGUUUGCUUCAGUACAAAGUGUAUGCUACCUCCACCUGUCCUCAUGCCAUUUUUGUUUCCGUAUGACAUUUUUCCAGUUCCAUGUCAGGGUUGAGGCUGAGUCAGUGUGGAAAUGAAACAGGAAUGGUACAGGACAGAGCUACUGUGGCAGUUUAAAAUUUGUACCACUUUGGGUAGUGGGAGGUGUGUGUCCUGGUGUUACCUAAAAUUAACAACAAAAUCCUCCUAAAAAAAAUAUUUUGUUUAGAUACAAGACAUUAAUUAGGAUAAGAAGUUCAUCAGGUAAUACUGAAACAAUCACAAAUUCUCCCUGCCUGAUAUCCCUUUCCCUGUUUCAUCACACAUUUUCAGCCUUGAACUGAUUCACUACUGAGUCUGUCAUUUUCUUAAGACUAAGUGUUUAUGUCCCCGAGCAGAGGCCAGGACGUUUGUAGCAGCUAUUGUUUGCAUCUCUGGGGAGAUAUUUGUAUGUUUGUAGUUGAUACACCAAGUGUCUGUGUCUCUGAGAUCAUGGUGUUUGUAGUAAAUAAAUGAGGUGUAAAACACAUUCUCCCUAUCCCCUUGGGUAACACUGGGCAGUCGGGCUGCAGAAUUUCCCACCUCACUGUUAACAGGAUUUGUGAUUAGACAUUUUCUCUCUGCCUCAUUCCCUUAAAAAAUAACAAAGCUAUGAAGCCAAACGCCCAACAAGCUCCCUGUUUGUGAUCUGCAGCAUGUGCUGCCUUAACCAGAAACCCUGAUUGCUUUAUUCUGUUCAGCACGCAGGGGGGUGGACUACUGUCCUAUUAAGCUCCUUUCAGUGAUACAAGAUAGUAGUCACUGUUACAUUAAGUGGAAUAUUUUUUAAGCUAAAGUAGAAUUAAGUUUACUCUAAGUAAUUCUGGUUUUUUUUGAGAGAAUGUCCCUCUGAUAGCAUGUUUUUGUUCAGUGUUUUCCCAGACACUGUUCAUUCUUUGGAGAUGACCACGUCUUGUGUGAAGCAUGAUUUGUGCUGAACAGUUGUGUCUGCUGUGAUCAUCUCUGCAGCCUUUCCCUGUCUCCAAGGCAAGCUCAGGCAGAGCUGGCUCCAAAGCUUCAAAUGAGCAAGGGAUUUGACUGUUGUGAAGUUCAUAAUAACAUUAAAAUUAGACCUUGGCAAGUAAUAGAAUAUGCGUAAGAUUUCUGGGAAAGUUUAUACACAUGCAUUUAAGUGGGAAAUGCAUCCUGUCCCAGCACCUGUCUGGCUGCACACGAUGGAUGGAGAUCGCUCCCACCUGCUGCCCAGCCCUGAUACAGGAAGCUCGCUUUCUCAAACUCCCAAACGAGCCUUAGAGCGUUUAUUUGCCGGCAUUUUCAGUAUCACCAGCCCAAGGACUACUCUCCGCCUCUACAGCCUCGCCGAUCACCCGGUCUCUCCCAGGAAAAACGCUUUUGGAAGGCGCCCCCCCCCAAGCCCCUGCAGAAGGCGGCGGGAGGCUACCCCACGGCCGCUGCCCGGAGUUAAGAUGGCGGCGGCAGCGCUGAGUCACGUGGCGGCAGACGGGGCGGCCCUCCCCUCGCCCUCUCUUCCCCUCCGUGGCGGCGCGUGCGGGUGAAUGGAGCCGGCGGCGCUGGAGCGGUUCCCCAGCCCGGGCAAGGGCAGCGGCCUCCGCUCCCGCCGGCGGGUGCGUCCCGGAGAGCUGCUUUACCGCGCCGAGCCUUUCGCCUACGUCGUCAGCAGGGAGCAGCUGGGCGGCGUGUGCGGACGCUGCCUGCGCAGGAAUGAACAUCUGAACAGAUGCUCUCAGUGUAAGGUUGCUAAAUACUGUGGUAGAUCUUGCCAGAAAGAAGAUUGGCUGGAUCACAAGCAGGAAUGCAGGUGUCUUAAGAGCAUCCAGCCUAAUUUUCCUCCAGACUCUGUCAGACUUGCCGGCAGGAUUGUUUUUAAACUACUUAGACAAUCAGCAUGUCUUUCUGAGAGACUCUACUCUUUUUCUGAUCUUCAGUCAAAUAUUGAACAGUUAAGUGAAGAAAUGAAAGACGGCCUGAGGCACCUCGCAAAGACAUUGCAACUGUAUUUGAAAACAGAGAUCCAGGAUGCGUCUCUCUUGCCACCUGCAAUUGACUUUUUUCAGAUCUUCACAAAAGUGACCUGUAACUGUUUCACCAUCAGUAAUGGAGAGAUGCAGGAUGUUGGUGUUGGCCUGUAUCCCAGCAUGUCUUUGCUGAACCACAGCUGUGACCCAAACUGUGUGAUCGUUUUUGAAGGAUACCAGCUUUUACUUCGCUCCAUUCGAGAGAUCCAGAUUGGUGAAGAGCUCACCAUCAGCUAUAUUGAAUCACUGAUGCCCACCAGCGAACGCCAAAAGCAACUGAUGCGCCAGUAUUGUUUUGAAUGUGAUUGUCUUCUCUGCCAGAAUCAAGAUAAGGAUGCUGAGAAACUGGCCGGUGAAGAACAUGCCUGGAAAGAAGUCAAAGAUGCUGUAAACGAAGUGAAAUAUCCAAAAUCAAAAGAAGAAUGGCAGCAGGUUCUGGCAAGAUGCCAGAAUCUCUUGAGCAGCAAUAUGGGUAGUCUUCCAGACUCAAAUAUCUAUCAGCUGAAAAUGCUUGACUGUGCCAUGGAUGCCUGUAUUAACCUUGGAUCCUGGGAAGAAGCUUUGUAUUAUGGCAGCAGGACUCUGGGACCGUACAGACUGUAUUAUCCUGGUUUUCAUCCACUAAGGGCUGUCCAGCUAAUGCGAGUGGGCAAACUGCAGUACACUCAAGAUAUGUUUCCUCAAGCGCUGGAGACCUUGAAACAGGCCUAUAAGAUCAUGAAGGUGACCCAUGGGACAGAUCACAGCUUGAUGCAAGCCUUGAUGGAGAUAAAGGAACAAUGUGAGGCUAUCAUGAGAAUACAGUGAAGAAAACCUCCAACCUGGAAAACAAAAUGUUCAAGGGAGAAGGAAAUCAAAUGUUCUGUAUUGCAUUGGGAAGCUUCUCAGUGAUUUUGGUGUCUUUUCAUUAGGUCCUACUUGCUGUACAAAAAUGUCUAGUAUUUAUUAGUUUUGCUGUAUGAUCCAUAUUGAGUUAAUGUUUGGAGGAAUAUCUGUGAUUUUUAAAGGAUUUUUUUUCCCUACCAAACAAUCUAAUUGACAAUGUCUAAUUAAUAAUUUACAACAGCUAUUUUAAUUGAUAAUAACUAUUGGGAAAUUUAUAGAGUCUUCAUCAGUUACAAAGUGAUAUAAUUUCAUUGAUAACAGCAGUUGAUUUUUCAUACCAGUUUAUGCCAGCAAUUAAGGAUAUCAUAUCAGACGUGAUAAGUACAGAGAAUAUAUUUUUUCCCUUUAUUUUGCCCUUAGGUGUAGUUUCUAAAAGCCUGAUCCAGUGCUCUUUGACAUCAAAUAAGGGUUUCCCAAUGUUCUAAAUGAGAUUUUCCGCCCUCCCAAUAUAUCUGCAGCCGUCUGGCUCUCUUCUUCUUGAAUUUCAUGUGUUACAGUAUUGAAUAUUAAAAUGGAUUGAACUAAAAAUUUAAUCAAAAUUGUAUCUAUGUGAAAAUUGCUUACUCUGCUUUCUCCCCAGUUUGCUUCAAGAGUUUCUCGCUUCAUAACAACUUUAAAAAAGAGAGAGAUUUGGACCUGUGAGCUCAGUGAUGUGAUUUCUAGACUUUUCUGAGCCUGUGUGGUUUGGAUUUCACUUACCCAAAUAGUGAAGCUCUGAGACCUACAGAUGACUGCUUCGCAAGGAGGUCUUUCUCCCUUGGGAGAGAGAAGGAUGCCUUGGAAAGCACCGGCACCCUAUUUCCCCGCACUCAUCAGCAAGAGAAUAGUUCUUGCCAGAGCUGGUUACUUCCAUUUUUACACAGAAACAAAUGUUAACAAAAGCCAAAUACCGAUGAGGAACAUUGAAACCUAAAUAAUUUAAGGCCUUUGAAAAUAUCACUUCAGGUGUAUCACUCCUCUCUAACAAUUUAUUGCUGUUACUUCAGCCAUGACUGUUAUUUCAUUAAUCCAUCGUUGUUGUAAAGUCAAGCUUUUUUCACACCAGUAACUCAAUACCAUUAAUUAAUAUGAGAUGAGAACACAUUUAAAAAGAAAAUGAACACUCUGGGCGUAAUUUACAGCCACAGCACAUGAAUGCCAACACAGAGGAAGAUAUCUCCUUUCAAGGCGUUUGAAUUUGUUCCAGCAUAUGGAGCAUUCACUUGCCCAGCAGUAAUAUGCAAGCAAUAACCUAUGAAAUGCAGUGCAUUCCUGGAGUAUGUAGCAUGGCUUUAUGCCAGAGGCCAAGUCGUAUCAGCCACCCAAGAAGUGCAAUAAUCCUCACAGAAAUUCACUGGUUGGUUGGGUCUUCUUGCUCUUAUGAAAAGGAAAUUAUCUGGGGGAAAAGGUCAGACCUUUGCAUUUACAUGGGAUUUCUGACAAAGUAAUGGCAUCACUGAUGGACAAUCAGAAAAUAUGAGGGUUACUCAGUCUCCAAGAGAUAUUUUCUGGUUAUAAAAGGGCAUAUGCAUAUUAGAAAUCACAUCCUUUUGAAUAAAGAUGGUGUUUAUGUUACCUAAUAUUAAGAUUUGCAGAUUAAAGGGACUUCAGAAUGCAAGGUAAGACAAUGCAUUAGUUUAUGCAGCACAUACUAGGAGGUGGCCUGCCAACUCUUGUGUAUGCAGACACCUGAAUAGAUGAAGUGCAGCAGGGCAAGUCUCUUUUGGGAAAUGGAGAAGGAGCAUGCUAUGUUGGCUGCAGAGCAUUACAAAGGCCAAGUGUGUUGCCAGGUGCGCAGAUAGGGCUGGAGGAAACUGAUUUACAGCUCACUGAGCAAUGCAAGAAACCAAAUUGGCCUCAGGUUGGUUUGUGGCUCGUGUUUCCAGAUCAGUGUCCUGAGUGCUGCCACAUUGUCUGCCCUGCCUGGCCUUCCUCUCUGGGCUGGUCUGCAGAGAUUUCUUAGUAUAGGGGCAUAAAUUCAUGCUUUGUAUUCAUUACUGUUGGUGCAAAACUUGCACUUCUUUCAGCUUGGUCAGGGAAAGAGUCAAGUUUUCUGGUUGAUUUCAGUCAUUUACUGAGUGGUUUCCCUUGGAGGUUCACAUGUACUAACACCACCAGCAGGGCUGCUGAUGCUGCAGAGGAGGCUUUUGCAGGUGGAUUUUUCUCUCCCAGUAUUCCCACUCCAGCCUACGUGAAAAAGGCAGGCCGGUGACUACAGAGAGAUUUAAAUGCAUCAUUUGAAAGUGUGGUAGAAGCAAGUGUGUCGACGAGGAAGGAACAUUAGAUAAGCACUCAUUUCAAAUCAAGUAAUCUUAUUUUUUUCGGCUCAGACUGAGAGUAGUUGGAGUUGCCUUUGCACAGACGUCGUGUUUUGGCAUUCAAGAAUAAUAUCUGUCAAAUUUUUCAAGUGGUAUCAGCUUGCUAAGAUAAAGAAGCUAAAGUCAGUGAGAGGCAGACUAUGUCGUUAUCUGUAAUGCUGGCAGACUUGCUGCUUCCUUCCAGCAGGUCAGAGGUGUUCCAGUACCUUUUGGAAAGUAAUAGCAAUUGGAGUUCUUCAUAAGGUUUAGAAAUAUAUUUUGAGUUACUUUUGAUUUGUAACUGUCCCUUAAAUUACUCCAGAAGCAAUAAUGUUAUUUGCACGUGGAGGAAGCAUUGCAUUGUAGGCUUGCCUUUGGAAGAAAAGCAGUACCAACACUCAGGAAAAAAACAUGGGGGUUUAUAUAGUUUUGCUAAGAACAGUUGAUACCAAUUGAACAAAACAUCUGUCUUUAAAAGAAAAAAAAAAAAAGUAGUUCCUAAACUAUGCUGUUUCUUUAUGCAUGGUGUAAUUCUCUCUAUCCACACCCUUGAGGUAUGCUGACCUGAUGCUAGAAGUAAAAACUCUCUGGGUCCUUAGCAAACAGAAACUCCUGUGCAUAGCAGAGGCAGUAGAAAGUAAAGACACUCAUGAUAAAAUGCAGUGAACCAAUUUUUCGAAACUGUGACCUUGAGUCUCCCUCUAUGUGGAGCUGUGCGUGGGUAUCUGCCAGCAAAACUCUCCUACUACUCAACCCUUUCUCUGUUUCACUCUACAAAUCUGUUCUCUGAUGGCUUGGUUUUUUAAGCUAGCUUAUCUUAGACUUGUUAUAUUUUAACACAGCACGGUUAUGAAAUACAGAGGCUAUUUCCCUGCACAGCAUAUUCCAAAUAGUCAUUGGCCGCUGCAAUUGUCUUAAUGAGCAGAGUUAUGUUUUUCACAGGGGUUGUGCCAAUUAUGAGGAUUUUUUUUUCUCCCUGAUUCAGAAUUAAAUCUCCCAUAAGACAAGGAGGAGAAGGAAAGUCUUACAGUUACGGAUGUAGAGUUCUGGCUUGGCUUCUUCACUGCACCAAAAACUGUGUGUGACCUUGGGCAAAUCAGCUAGGGUGAGACUGAUGUUCAUAGUUGGACUUUGUCAUUGUGGGAUGAGGAGGAUGGAAUAGCAUUAUCAUAUAUUCUUGUAGUUGCAGGCACUGCCUGAGAGUUCCUCCAACACUGACAGUGCUGUGAGCUGCCCCUGCCCAAGUCAUGCUUCCUCCACAUACAGAAAGAUCUGGUCUCCACCCACAGCACUUCAGCAAAUUCUAAAGCACAGUAAAAAAAUCCCAAGUAAAUGCUUUCAGGAAUCUCAGACCAAAGCCAAUUUAAAUCUCCUCUUUCUUUUUCCUUUUUCUUUCUUUUUAAAUGGCUAUUUUCUCUUUCCUAUCAAUAUACAUUUUCCUAUAAAAGUCCUUUUCUUUUCCAUUUCUGAUUUUACAAAGUUAAUCAGCCUGAAAAAACAGUUGAGAUGGCUGUUUCAUAAAAUGUUUCCUACAAGAAUGUCUAAGUGUGUAUUUUUACUGCCCUAAGCAUAAAGAAUGCACAUUAUCUGACUGCAGUCUACUCUUCUUGCCAUUCAGCACAGUGGUUUCUGUUUAUCCCCACAGUAGUGAUGUGUAAGCCAUGCCUAUAUGACUUCCAUUAGUAUUUCAUGGAGAAAGUUAAACAUUUUUAUUUGCUUGGCAAUUGUGAUCAACAUGGACAAAUCAAUUCUAUUUCCAUCAUUCUUUUGUAUGUUUUAAUAAGGACCUUAGAGAUUCCUUCUCCCCCCUCAAAAAAAAAAAAAAAAAAAAAAAAGAAUAACUCAGGCUUACUAAUUAGGCUUCAUACAGUCACCACUCACACAGAGGAACCUAACAAGUUCUUUAUAGUUCCCAGGAGACCAAUUAACCUUCUUUUAAAUAUAUCUCUAUAUAGCUACAGAGACAGGCACACGCAGAAAGGCACAAACACAAAAGCUUUUUCAGUAGUCUCAGAUGCUCCAACUCCUUGUUAACCAAAUUCUGAUGGGGCUUACAGGAAGCACACAGGGCUGAAGCAUCCUGUCUGAAUCCUUUUUAACUCCCAACAUGCCUUAAUGAGGGCAGAGUACAAUCUCUUUUUGCGAGUGACCCCACGACAGGAGGAAGGGGACACUCAUGCAGCCUCUUCCAAAGUUCCCCUCCAUCUCCUUGGCUCAAGCAGGCAGCACUAGCUUUUCUUCCUACCUGGAGCUGAGGAGCCUGCUGUCCCCACUCUGUUUCAGCUAAGGACUGGUCUAGUGGGGCUGAGGAGACUGGAGGGAAGAGCAGUGUUUUCUUCCUCCGCCCCUCCAAUUCAGCAGCUCUGAUUUGAAGUCCCCAGAGGCUCCGAGUAGGAAGAUGGCAAUUUUACACACUUCUUGGAGGAAAACUGCACUUUAAAUCACAGGUGAUAGCUCUUGAUAAUUCCACUUGACUUUCAGAGCAGGAGCCAGGAGACAGUAAUAGAGAAGGACGUCUGAUGAGAAAAUUACCAGAGCUCCACUCUUCCCCUCCCCCAGGCCCUGCACUCUGCUCUGUGCUACUGUACUUGGCUGUUUACUUUUAAUGAAGCUCCUUUUAAUGAAAGGAGCCUUCCUGUUGUAGCAGGCGCCAGGCGCGAUGCUGAUCAUCCCAUGACGAAACAGGUAGAGGAGAGGUCUCACCAGUUCCUCCUUGUGCUGUCCCUUGCUGAGCUGGGGACGCCCAAGUGAUGUGUCACAAAGUCAUGGAGCUGCCAUCCUUCCCACUGCCAGGAGCUUGCUGCAGGA